GAAGGUUGUCCUGCAACUCCAUAUUUUGUGUGGCUCCAUUAUUGGUCUGCGUGAAAAAUGCCGGAGAAGAGACGCAACUGGUUGGAGGAAUGCAAUUUGUGAAUUUAUCUGGGUAAUUGUUCGGCCGUGUGGGCUUCGGCGGUAACGGUGAGCAGUAAUUGGCUCGAAAAGUGGUUCUGGAAUCUUGAGUUGCGGCUUGAGGACGGAAUCUGAAUAGACGGUGUUUAGCAGGAGGGAGAGAGAGAGAGAGAGAGAGAGAGAGAGAGAAAGAGAUUCGGAGCAUACUGUAGUCUGUACUAAUACUCUGCGAGCUCCUAAGAGCAGGGAAAAGCUCAGUUAGAGGUGGCCGGCUGGUCUAGUUGUAGAAGUUUCUGAUCUUCAACGUGAAACGGUCCGUUGUCGAGGUGAGGAUCUUGAAUUGAGCUUGCCCUUCUCUCCGCUCUGAGUUUCCUUGGACCAUAGUUUCCUCUCUGCAUCAACAAGGGUCUGUUGCGUAUACUCUGGUGAUUCGCACACCAUGGAGGCCGAUGACACGUCCGCGAGGCUGUUGCCCUUGGCUUCGUGGCAGAGCACACACAAGAAUUCAACAGAAGCGAAAUUCAGCCUAAGGAAUGUGGUGCUGUACGUGUCGCUGCUUGUAAACCUGCCUGCCCUUGUCAUAGUAUUUCAUCCCAUUCAAGGGUUCCUUUGGACUCCUCCUCGUAGUGAGCAACCAGCCGCGCCUCAAUGGGCUGAGGCUGUGCAGGCAGCAGAACGGGCCGCUUCGAAGUGGUGCUCUGGCAACGGUAACGUGUUCGUGGACACUGUGGGCAUAGACGCUGAUGGGUCUCCUUCCUGCGAAUGCAAUGACUGCUUCGCCGGGCCUGAUUGUUCACUUCCCCUGCCGGACUGCGUGGCUGAUGCUAUCAGUGGGGACCCACUUCUGUUUGAAGCAUAUUGGAGGAAGAACUCGGACUUGGGCGCUGUGGUGAUUCCAGCUUGGUAUCGUAUGGGCUACCAAACGCGAGACGUGACGUCUAUGCCAUAUACGGAAGCCCUGGUUGCUUCAAUCAGAGAGCUCCACGCCAUGGUGGGGAAUGCUGUCACUGAGGGACGCUACAUUGCGUUCGGAACAGGAUCGACGCAACUCAUCAAUGCUGUAAUCCACAGUCUUGCACUCCAGGAUCCGGGGAGAGUCACUCCUGUGGUAUCCAAAGCUCCGUAUUACAACGCUUAUUACACGCAAACAGAAUAUUUCAAAUCACCUUUCUACAGUUUCUCAGGAGAACCCGAUCGCAAGGUGGGACAACAAGGACCUGCUCAAAUUGAGGUGAUAGCAUCUCCAAACAAUCCAACCACUCAAAUUCAGGAAGUGCCUCAGAAUGUUAGUGGACAUGUUGUGUAUGAUCACGCAUACUAUUGGCCCCACCUGACCCCGAUCACUAAGGCUGUUGACUACGAUAUCAUGCUUUUCACUCUGUCGAAAUUGACUGGGCAUGCUGGGAGUCGUAUUGGCUGGGUGAUCCUCAAGGAUUUUGAUCUUUACACAAAGGUGUUGAGAUAUGCGGAUGUAAGCACUAUCGGAUUAGGGCAUGAGGCCCAAUUAAGAGCAUCUCAAUUGAUACGCACCAUCAUCGAUGGUUACUCGGAAGGCAACUCAGGCAGGGAAGGGAUAUUCCAUUUUGCUCAUGAUGUGUUGCAAUCUCGCUGGGCCAAAUUGCAAGCCAUUUUCCAGAAUGUCUCUCGUUUCUCUCUGCAGGAGCUGAAGCCUGGUUACUGCUCCUUCUUCAAGCGGGUCUCAGAUCCCUCCCCAGGUUAUGCAUGGAUUCGCUGCAACCGCGAGGAGGACGCGGAUUGUUCCGCGGUGCUAUUGUCUGCUGGUAUCAUCGGACGGGCGGGCCCUAUAUUCGGUACAACGCCUCGUUAUGUCCGAUUGUCACUACUCAAGCGGGCGUCACACUUCGACAACCUGGCAGACCACCUCCUCAAACUCGUCGCUCAAUCUUGAUCUCACCUCACAACCUUGAAGGUCCUAGUAUGAUCUUCCACCCUACGAGGUUUCAUUUGCAUUUCAUUGAACCAGAACUAUUACUACCUUUAAAUUCUCCACGGCUAGUCUGCUGCCUUGAUUUUGUCAGGCGGUCAAACUUGGCGAGGUCAGUGUCAACUUCUACCGAAGCAAGAUCAAGCCCGUUUCCGUGGGUACCGACACACACAUAUAUCAGCUUCUACCAGUUCGACAACACCUAGUUGUUCCCAUAUUGACCACACCCAGUUGUUCCUGUAUCGACAACAUCGAGUUGUGUCUGUAUAUACAACACCUACUUGUUGCCAUAUCGAUAACACCCAGUUGUUCAACUAUUUGACUUUCAAACUGCGCCACAACCCAGUGUGGAUCCAACACUGCAGGUAUAAUUGUAAUUCAUAAUCAUCCAUCUAAUCAACUAGAUCUGCUUCAAUAAUGUGCUGAAGCGAGGUUGGCGAUAGGUUCAUCUCCAGUCUAAGUAUUCUAGAUGUGGGAGAUCGUCUGAAAAACAGAUUUGAAAGUGGAAGAAGGCAAAUUCUGUUCGAGAUUUGUAUGUAAUAGUAACUAAAAUAUGUAGUUGAUUUCAUGUUUAUUUAUUUGUUUACUUAUUUAUUUAUUCA